AUGGAGAGCGGAGGGGAAGAGAAUAUUGAUGAUAAUGACCGUAUAGGUGUUGGAAUGGAGACUAGUAGAUCGGUCAGUCCAAUGUCUGUAUCGGAAGGGGAGGAAGAAGAAGAGGAAGAGGAUGGAGAGUUGGACCAACCAUUAAACUUUGAAGAAUUGAUGAAAAGGAUAAAUGGUGAUGGUGACAAUAUUCAUGAACACUUCUUUGCUCCUCCUCUUCCUUGCAACAAGUCAACUUCACCAACAACAAAUAAAAAGAAGAAGAGUCGAAAUGGAUAUACUCAUAAACGCAGCUCUUCAUUACAACUUGAUCAUCAGCCAUAUCAACUUCAACUAGAACAAGAACAACCUACUUCACCAACAACAACAUCUUUAGAAGAUUCAACUACAUCUACAACAUCUACUUGUACAACUUCAACAUCUACAUCUACAUCUACAACAUAUUCAAAAAUUGAAACUCCCAACGGUGAUGAUGAACCAUUACCUUCAUUUAUUAGUGAUAAAAAUGAAACUAGAACAGAAACAUUUGCAAAGGAAUAUAAAAUACUAUUAGAGAAAGGGGAAAGGUUUAGUUAUUGUGUCAAUUGUAAGGUACCGUUUGUACCAUUGUCAGACCUAUGUUUCUUUAAAGAGGCCAAUGGAGGAGUACACCUUAUCUUGACCAACACCAAUCACUCUGAUAUCAUUUGGUAUGCCGUUCCAAAUCCCGUCACUUCUGCAUUCGUUCCCUACAAGAUCAAUUGUUGUCGUUGCAAAUUCUCUGUUGGAUCGUUGACAAAGAGAACGGUCGUCACAGCUGGCUACUUGAUAUGUCUUGAUCCUACAUCGAUAUCGCUGGAAAAGGCAUUGACAACCACCAAGAAAUGGAAGACUGUCAUGGAAAAGUAUAAUGGUAUCAUUCCAAUCGAAGAUAUCUACUCAAUCAAUGGAAUGGUUCGACCUGAAAGAGCCAACUUUAUCUACAAACCAACUGUAUUCCCUGUCAACCCAACUCCUGCAGACAUGGGUCUAUCAUCUCAAGUCACUCCUUAUGAACAUCAAGUUGAAUCAUUUUAUCAAGCUUGCAAAUUUAAUUCUAUUAUUGUUAUUCCAACUGGAUAUGGUAAAACAUUAAUUUCUAUCAUGUUGAUUAAUGCAAUGCAUGAAUUAAAUGGAAAGAAGAGUGCUGACCCAAAGGUAGCAAAGAGAAUGUCAUUGUUUUUAGUUACAAAGAUUCCAUUGGUUGCACAACAGGCCAAAGCAAUCGAGUUUUAUUCACCUCAUUUAAAUUUGGCUGUUGCUAGUGGUGGUGGUGGAGGUGGUGGUGUAGGUAGUAAUGGUAAUAGUACGUCGCUCAACUUUGAUAUGCUAAGACCUGAUGUAGUGGUGUGUACGGUGGACUGUGCAGUCAAUUGGCUUGGAAACAUGAAGAUUGCCGUAGAGGACUUUCACACGAUCAUUUUCGACGAGGCUCAUCAUGCCACGGGCGACCAUUCGUACUGUACUAUGGUGCGUCGUGUUCAACUGGCUGAUCGUGCCAAUCAGCCCCGUAUCCUCGGGUUGACAGCAUCACCAUGCGUCAUUGGAAAGGAUAGUAAAGCGAUGCGUGCAGAGAUGGAGGAUAUCCAAAAGAACUUGAAUGCACGUAUCUUUAGACCAAAGACACUCGACUUGUUUGAAAAGGAGAUGUGCAAGAUGGAGGCGAUCGUGUACCGACAGACACAGACCGAGACACGUGUGUUGCAAGCUCUCAGCCGCACCAUCAACAGUAUUCUCAAGGCCAUCCAACGAGAGUUGGCAUGGCCCACCUCAUUUUCAUUCAAAGAGGAAAAGAUUGCAAACUUUCAAUCAAAUAUUCGAGAGAUGGAGAGAUACUCUUUGCUCGUUGUCAAGGUGCAGGUCGAGGGUAUAGUUGCCUGCCAACGUUACCUCUCACAAGAAAAAGACAGCCAUAUCAAUAGACACGCCGAAUCAGAUGUAGAACAUAAACUCAUGGUUGGUUUAUACUUACAAAUUCAAAAAGUUUUAAUGGAAUCUGAAAAUGAAAAAGAUAUCAACAAACAAGUCAACAACAAUAAUAAUGGUGAAGAUAAUAAUCAACAACAACAAAGUCAAAUGGUGACAUUGAAAAGAAAUCCAUUGACAGAGGAAUUUGAUUUGUUUGCAGUUGAUAGAUCAUGUUUGGAAUCAUCAAAAUAUAUUGCAUUGGUGGAUUUGUUGAAAAAGAAACAUUCUUCAGAUAUAGAGUUUCGUGGUAUUAUAUUUGUACAGAUGCGGUCGACUGCAAUGCAAUUGACCAAAAUGCUUCAAAAGGAAAGUUUUCACAAAGACUAUAAUAUCAACUUUCUGAUUGGACAUAAUGCUGGUGUGGGUAUGGAUACAAUCGAUCAACACCGAAUCAUUGAACAAUUCAAGUUGGGACAUUGUAAACUGUUGGUCGCGACAAAUGUGCUAGAGGAGGGUUUGGACGUCAGUGAAUGCAAUCUAGUGAUCUGCUUUGAAUCAGAUUUUAGUAUGCGUUCAAUGAUCCAACGUCGUGGUCGUGCACGUUCAGAGAAUGGAAACUUUAUGUAUUUGCGUGAGGAAAAGCAACUCGAUAUACAACAAGACUUUGCUAAACGUGAAGCCGAGAUGUACAAGGUCAUCAAUGCACUCUCGGGUACCAUGACACGUCAAAUGUCACACGAAGAGACAACUCUGAAAAAGGAUUUCCUAGCAGCAUGGCGUGAAAAGAAUAAUCUACAACUACAAGAGGAUCUGCAGGAAGAGGAGGAUGAGAGGAGACGGGCAGUUGGUCAAGUCAAGUGCUACCUCCAAUUCUAUCAUUCGAAUGAUUCGUUUAAUGAUUUGGUGUUUCAAUCGAGUCACACUCAAAUCGACAAUAUCAUUGGUUUUGAACAGAUCAAUCAUACCAAUGAACCACGUCGGUAUAUGGCUAGCUCGAAACUUCUCUCUAUUCGCUUGGUCAACCAGUCCAUCCCAGACUACCUCACCUCUAUCACUCAAUUGGAUAGUACCAAGUAUUGGUGGUGUACAGUCAAUGAUCAACAACAACAGCAACAACAACAACAACAACAGCAACAACAACAGAUUCCAGUCGGUGAAUUUUCUGCACCUAUUCUUUUGGGAAUGGGUAAUUUAAAAACACCAACUUGUUAUCAAGAAAGAUGUUAUAUUCCAGAGUGUUGGUUGGUCUAUCAAAAUCAUGAUCGUCGUAUUUUGAUUCGUCAAGAAAAGGAUGGCAUCAUUCAAGAUAUCAUCAUCUAUCUACAAGAUCUCGAACACUUUGUAUUGUAUGAUAUUUCAACAUCGUAUUUUUAUUUUGUUCUCAAGAGACCACCUCGUUUUAUCAGCAAGCAACUUCAAGGCAAAGAUCUUGUCACGAUUGGUCGUAUAUCGGGGUCAGAGAUUGCCCAUUUCUGCAACAACUUUACUUAUCGUUUUAGAUUGUGUCAAGAACAACUCAAACUAUUUGAAAAGAUUGUAUCUUUACAAAUGCGUAUUCCAAUCUAUUAUUGUAAUCUUCAAGUUACUCCAAUGGAAAAUGAACCACAAAUUCACUUUGAUUUCUCUCAAGAUAAAAGAAUUUCUUAUUUAUUAUCUGUUCUUCAAAGUAAUGAUGGAUUUGGUAAAACAUGGAUACCGCAAACAUUUUAUGAUACGAUAAAUCAAUUUUUAAUAGAAGAUAAAAAACAUUUUGCAGAAUACUUGAUUUAUAGUGCAAUGGAAGCAUCACCAUUUAGUAAAUUGGUUUUAAAGUCAAAGUUUGAUAUGGAACAAUUCCCAGAUGAAUCGAUACUAAAACCACCACCUACCAACUAUGUGUAUAUUAAGAAAGUGUUUGUCACACCAACACGUAUCAUCUUUCAAAAACCAGAGAUUAUGCAAUGCAAUCGUUCCAUUCGUCUGUUUGGUGCAGACAGAUUCAUGCAAGUCCAAUUUGUCGAAGAGAAUCUUGACCAUCGAAUCGAACUACAACAGUCAUUGGCAAGUUAUACAAACUCUAUGAUGAAAAAAGGUAUUCAUGUACCUGGUUUUGGUACAUUUCAUUAUCUUGGAAAUAGUAGUAGUCAAGCAAGAAAGAAUAUGUCUUGGUUUUAUUGUCAAGACAAGAUGGAGAAUGCAAAAGCGGAUGGUGGUGAGGAACAAGUUUAUUCACUCGAUCAUGUACGUGAUACAUUAUUGGGAGAGUUUACAAACUUUGAAAACCCACGUAAAUAUCUUCGUGCCAUUAAUUUGGUGUUUGCAUCGACCAUGCCAUCAAUCGUGAUUGCUGAAGAGGAUUAUCACGAGGAUAUUCCAGAUGUCAUUGUCAAUGGAUACAACUUUACCGAAGGUAUUGGGUAUAUUGGUUGGAAGACCGCUCAAAAGGUCAAUGAAGCAUGUGAAUACAUUCAAUCGACUUGUGCCUUCCAGAUCCGUAUCGGUGGCAACAAGGGUGUGGUUGUGGUACGACCAGACAUUCAAAAUGGAGUGUAUUUACGAAAAAGUAUGAAAAAGUUUUCGACUACUAGCAAUGAAUGGUCGCGAACACUCGAGAUUGUAUCGAUCCCAGCUUACAAGCCAUGCACUCUCAAUCGUCAGGUCAUCAACCUCUUAUCUGGGUUGGGUGUACCCGACCGCUGCUUCCUCACACUUUUGUCACAGUCACUGAAUGAAUUGGCAUCGCUGUUGCAUCUGCCAAAGGUUGCCAAACGUGCAUUGUCAUCGGAUCUAUUUGACGAUGUUUCAGACGGAGAGAUUCUAUCUGAUCCCAUGAUCAGAGGUACAUUGCAUAGAAUCUACUGUAAACGGUUGGUAGAGUAUAGAGACAAGUGCUUUAUCCCAAUUGACACGGCUCGUACUUUGCUCGGUGUCACCGAUGACACUGCGUCAUUAAAAGAAGGACAGGUGUUUUUACAGGUGUCUGACGAGAAUGGUGAAUUGCAGAUUGUUACAGGUCCAGUUGCAGUUGCCAAGAAUCCGUGUCUACACGCUGGUGAUGUGCGUAUCGUGCAGGCUGUUGAUAUACCCGCGUUGCAUCAUCUGGUCGAUGUAGUAUGUUUCUCACAAAAUGGCUCGGUUCCGACAUUCCAGGAGUGUUCGGGAUCAGAUCUCGACGGUGAUCGUUACUUUGUGUUGUUUGAUCGCGAGAUGAUCGGUGAAAUCAAACAACACGAUGCGUUCUUGGGAGAGGAUGCAGUUGCUGCAGACAGCGACCCGACAAUCACUCAGAGCUCGUUGAUUGCACAGUAUAUUACCAAUAUCCAAAAGGGUACGCUUGGCAUGAUCGCACUUGCUCAUUUGGCCGUUUGUGAUGUACAUUCACCUAAACACCCAUUGGCGAUUGCAUUGGCAAUCGAACAUUUUAAAGAGGUGGAUCGCGUAAAGACGGGUGUUGGCGGUGAGAUCCCAACUGACGUGUUUCAAAUCUUGGGAGAGCAGUUUGACAAGUUUCCCAACUUUAUGGAAAAGAGUCUGCCUCAAAAGUCGUACUGGGAGUCGGACAAGAUUCUUGGACGGUUGUAUGCGCAGUGCGUGUCUCUGCAAAAUGUCAUUAGGUUCAUGCCAGAGGUUAAAGUCGAUCCACACCUACUGACACCUGGCUGGGAGACAUAUCAGGCCGAUGCGAUCGAGACGUACCGUAGAUACCGCCACCAAGUCGGCUCACUACUCAAGAGAUACGACAUUGAAAACGAAGAGGACGUGUUGAUCCAAUACGUUGACGAGACCAUGUCGGGACACACGCUCGACAAGGUAGUAGUUAUGGAGAUAUUCAACCAUUACACUGUCAUCCAAAACACGUUCCGCGAGCAGUUCUUGCGACCCUUUCAAAGAGCCGGCGAGACGAUCGAUCAGACCAUCACGACACACCAACACGAAAUCGAGAAAAAGGUGUCGGCGUGGUACCACACGGCCUACUCUGACAACAAGAAACUGACCAAGUUUCUGUCGUUCUAUUGGAUUGUCCGCAAGUGGCGUCGCUCACUCAACAAGAUCGUCAACCAACACAGCUCCAAGUUGUCGGGUGAUAUUCUAGGUUUCUUUACAAAACAAACGGAGGAGUUGGUGUCUGGAUACUCGAAGCGUCUACAAGUGACACAGUCGAUUGAACAAACGUUGCAUACUAUCCAUCCGAUGUUUCGUAAUUGCAAGAUACUAAUGUAUGGUAGUACUAGUUUGUUUUUGUUUAAUCCACUCACCUCUGAUCUCGAUCUAUACAUCAAAUUGCAUUCGGAAGAUGAUAGUGUUCCAGGAUCAGGACCUCUGUCUGAAGACAAGACUGCUUUCUUUCAUGAAGCUUUCCAACUUGCCUAUCACUCUCUUUCGUCGAUGGAUAGUUUCCUCAAACAUUCAUUGAUGACAAACAACAAACUUGUCAUGCUCGAUCGUAUCGUUAGUAAACAUAUCGACGGUUCAGAAGACUACUUUGAACAGCGUCUGUCCCUUAAAACAGGUGCCAAUGUUAAGAUUACCCGUAUCAAGAAAUCACGUUUCCAAGUCAAGUUGAGUGGUGAUCCUUAUGCCAUCCAAUUUGCCUUGACCGAGAUAUCAAACAUUACACGAAAUAUCACCACUGCACCCCAACAUUUUACACGUUCAAUGGUCAGUGGAGGUGGUACUACACUGUUGUUUGAAGGUUCAAAAAACAAAUACGACACUAUCAAGUUUAUCGAUUGUAAUCGUCGAACCAACUCUACACAUGGACAACGUCGUCCCUUUUCACCGAUGCUCAAAAACAUCUCGGUUGAAAAUGUAGAGUUUGGAAACUACAACAAUAUUGCAGAUGAUACUGGUGACGACUAUCUCGAGUACACUAGAGUGUUUUAUUCACAACUAGGUAAAUGGACACAGUUUGGAUCAGAGGAAGAGUUUGGAGAGACACAUGCAUAUCUUCGAUUUGGUCAAAUCUACUUUAUCAAUGUCCCCUAUUCUGGUUUUGAAAAAUUAAUCAUUGAUACUAGAAAAGGAUUAUCGUCAACUAAAAAGCAUAGUGUUAAAUUUAAUAAUCAUAGUGAUCUUAAAUUUAAUAACAAUACUGAUGAAGAUAAUAAUAAUAAUAUUAUUGAUCAAGGUGAAGGAAAUAGAGGUGGUAGAGGUAGUAGAGGUAAUGGUAGUAGAGUAGCAGAUUUGAAAAAAGAACAUACUCUAUCAUCGACAAACCCUAUAAAAGUAGAACCACCAGCAUCAACACUAGGACUACAACAACCAAAGAAUGAUAUUAGAAAAGUGUAUGGUAUAGAAGAUGCCAAACCUUCACCAAUGGUAUUGAAACAAUUAUUGGAAAAGAAAAAAGAAUUGGAACAUUUGGCAUCACUCAAUCCACUUCAAAAGAAACUUAAGAUGGGUACUGAACGAGAUGCUGAAAGUAGCGAACUCAAAAAUGUAGAUAAUCAAAUUGAAAAGUUGUUGUCAACCAACCCAAAGUCAUCCUUUUUACCAACCACUCUUGGCAUCGAUCCCAUCCAUGAAAUGCUCAUCAAGGAUGGGUGGGCAAUCAACAAAUACGAACAAGAAUGGUAUGCCAUCACCCUAGAUAUUGGUAAAAAGACGUACAAGGUGGAAAUGAAUCAUGACCUAUCCAAGGCGAUUGUUAAACUAGCCAAUUUAAAUUGGUUCACUGCCGAUUUAAAGUCACUCGAAGAAUCUGCCUAUGACAUUCGUUUCUCUGUCCAAUCGAAAAAGAAUAUCACCGCUCACGAUGACGAUGACAGUGUCGCACAGUUAUUGACCAAUCCCCCAUUACUACCUAGAAUUGAUCAAGAUUCUGAUAUGGAUACUGGUCAAAAUAAUAACAACAACAACAACAACAACAGUGACAACAAUAUGUUAAAGAUGCCAUUUACAAUCAAUCCAAUUUACAAGGCUAAUUUGACGGUUGUUAGACAACACAAAAACGAACGAUGGUACAUUCCACCAGCCACCCAUCCACUUAGCUUUUUCAAUCCUCGUGCCGUCUUAUCAACGGUCAACGAAUUCACAUCUGGUGGAUUCUAUGCAUCCAAACCAGAGUUGGAGAUUAAAAUCGAUCUUCCCAAACACGAGGAAAUUUCACACUUUACCAAACCAUUUUGGGAAACUGGUAGAGAUUUUAAAAACAAAAUCAAUAUUUUGAAAAAGGAGGCUGGUGAUUUGGAUCCAACCAUUACCGGUAAUAGUAAAGCUAGCGAUGCAGUCGCUGCAUCUGCCACCAGAUUAGUAUCGUCAAUUCAAAAUGAUUACAUGUUGACUGAUCUUUUACAAAAACGUCAAGAACAACAACAUCAACAACAAAUCAAAGAACAAUUGCUAGAUACAAAUAUUAUUGGAAUUGGAGCAGGAACUGGUACCACACCAAGACCAAAACCAGACAAGUUUAAGAAAUUUAAUAACACUCCAUACAAUAGAAAGGAUAAUUUCAGGGAUACUAGAAACACUCGUGAUAGAAGUAGAUCAAGAAGUAGAGAUGGUGAUAGAAGAACAACAAGAGACAGAAGUAGAUCAAGAUCAAGAGAAAGAGAACGCCUACCAAAAAGAGAUAGAUCAAGAGAAAGAUUUCAAAGAGAUGUAUAUGAUAAUAGUAAUAGAUAUCCAACAGGAGAUAGAAACUUUAAUCAAAGAGAUCAAAGAGAUAGAAGUAGAUCAAGAGAAAGAUACCAACAAACCAACAGAUAUAAUAAUAACCGAAGAUAA